CACUUAAGUGAGCAGACAACACGUAGCUGUUUUAUUGAUAAGAAGUGCUUCUGCUACGAAUAAAGUUUUGCAAUGUUGAAAGCUGUGAUCCUUGUUGGAGGCCCACAAAAAGGUACUCGCUUCCGUCCACUUUCUUUGGACACACCGAAGCCUUUGUUUCCAGUAGCCGGUCGACCGAUUAUACAGCAUCAUAUUGAAGCAUGCCUACGUUUACCGGAAUUGAAAGAAAUUCUUAUAAUUGGGUAUUAUCCCCAAGUUCAAAUGGAAAAUUUUGUCAGUGAUAUGCAAAAUUUAUAUAAUAUUAACAUUAGAUAUUUACAGGAAUUUACCUCGUUAGGCACUGCAGGCGGCAUGUACCACUUUCGCGAUCAAAUUCGAUCCGGAAAUCCUUGUGCAUUUUUCAUUUUAAAUGGUGAUGUGUGCGCUGAUUUUCCUCUGCAAGAUUUAUAUUCAUUCCAUAAGCAGCAUGCUGAUACGGCUCUCGUGACCAUUAUGAGCACUGAGGCGACGCGACAGCAAUCGCUGCAUUAUGGAUGCCUAGUAUUUGAUCGUAACAGCGGUGUAGUGUCGCAUUAUGUUGAAAAGCCAAGCUCAUAUGUUUCUACUUUUAUUAAUUGUGGUGUGUACGUAUGUUCCACGGAUAUAUUUGCUCAUUUAGCCGAAGUAUUUUAUUCAAAAAGUCAAGAGUACACAAAUUAUAGUUUAAUUAACGGCGCCAAUGGCAAAGAUCAAGGGCAUAUACAAUGGGAACAGGAAGUUUUAACACCACUUGCUGGUACCAAUAAACUCUACGCAAUCCCAGUACCGAAUUGGUGGUCCCAACUAAAAACGGCUGGUUCAGCCAUUUACGCUAAUCGCCAUUUUUUGGAACUUUACAAAAAUACUCAUCCAGAAAGACUGGCUAACGCUGGAACGAAGCUAAGUGAACAGGACUCUAAUUUGAUGUGUACCGUUUUCCCCGAUGUUUAUAUUCAUCCAAGUGCCACAGUCCAUUUCAGUGCGACGCUGGGACCAAAUGUUUCUAUUGGACCAGGAGUUACCGUUGGGCCAGGCGUUCGAAUUCGAGAAUCUAUUAUACUUGAAAAUGCAGUCAUAAAAGAUCAUACUCUGGUAUUGCACUCAAUUGUGGGGAGGGGAUCCAUAAUUGGGCAGUGGUCAAGAGUAGAAGGUACUCCGUCUGAUCCCGAUCCGAAUAAGCCAUUUGCCAAAAUGGAAAAUCCACCGCUAUUCAACAAAGAGGGUAAACUUAAUCCUUCAAUUACCAUAUUGGGAUGUUUUGUACAAGUGCCGUCUGAGAAAAUUUUAUUGAAUAGCAUCGUCUUGCCGCACAAAGAACUGUCUAGAAAUUUCAAGAAUGAAAUAAUACUGUAAAUUAAAAUUGGAAUUCGUUCUAUAUAUUAAAGUUUUAUGUUGGUUCUAUGUCUA